CACAAUUUUAUUAAAAAUUAUUGGCAAAAAAAUUUCCAAGCGGAACUUCUGCAGUACGUGACAAAUAAGUCCAGCCGAUAUGGGUUUACGUUUAAGUGGGUCACUGUGACACACUUAAUGUUUAGCGGGACAAGAAAUAUGACUUUGUAUGAUCGCGUCCUCGAUGUAAACAUUGAUUUUGGGGAUACUCACACUACUUCCGUUUUGGCAUUUGCCCUUUUUUAUUCAAUCGAUUAUGUUUUCCGAACAUUUCAACCAGAAAUCAAAGAUGUCCAAAGUACUUAUGCUCUCACCCGGUUUCGAAAUUAUUCCAUUUCUGUUAUUCAUGCUGUAAUAUCUGGUUUAAGUUCUCUUAUUUGCCUUUGUGCUUACCCGGAUCUCGUUUACAAUAUUAUAGAGUCAGAAAAUGUAUUCGCAUAUCACAUUAUGGGGUUUGCAACUGGUUAUUUCGUUCAUGAUAUUUAUCACAAUAUUUGUGGUGGUGUGGGCCUGAGGUCUCUGGAAAUUAUACUUCAUCACAUAACAGUAAUGAGUCAAUUUGCAUUCAACAUAAUUGCUUAUUUAGGUUUUAACCUGCUUCUUUGUUGUGUCAUCUUAUCGCAUUCUUGUUUGCUAUGCCUUAUUUGGACUUUUAAUGGAGUUGAACAGCAUAUUUCUGCAUGCUAGACAGGUUUUGAUAUUUUUGAAUAUUGCCCCGAGAUCACUAGCAUACCGUGUGAAUGCAGUUGCAAAUAUUAGUAAGUCUGGCUGUUUUCCUUACUAAUAAUGCGUUAGCUACCACAAGUUGGAUGUAAGGAGCCGUUAUGUAAAUUCUUCAGUGAAUAGUGCCACUAAAUAUUUGUAGUUAUCUUUGACGGCAUACUAUAUGGCAUUAUUAGCCGUGGUUGUUUUCCUUCUCCAUCUGUUAUAGUCCUUAUAAUAAAGGUUUUCUUGUAUUUCCCAAUUAAUGAAAAACAAAACGAUAUUGCUUUUACUGACGUUUCGCUAUUUAAUGCCAAUAGCUUUGUCAAAGUAUUAUUAAACCAUGUGUUAUAGUGUUUGAAAAAUGGCGUGUUGUCUUAUUUUUUACACUGAAAUGUCACAUUUACCUUGAGAAUCUGAGUCUUAACUAUUUGUAAGUACCAGCUAGACGGAGAAACUAAGAACCUGAUCUGGGCAUUUGAUGUUUAAUUCUAUAACAGAUCAACCAACUAGUUGUAGGAAAAAGUGGUAUAUUAUUAUUGAUGAAGUCACAUUUUUAGGUUGACAUUUUACUCCAUGUCGUGCUGAAAAAUAUUCCUGUUAAGUAUCAAUACCACUUUUCCUCUAACUUAUAUCCUCGUAUCAGUCGGUUGUUUAUAGUGCAUAUUUAAGUUCAUGUAUAUUGAAAAUUUAGUCAUUGAUUCGUUCGAAUUUAAGACCUCUAUGUUAUAGUGAGUGCAUUGACUUUCCCGAUACACCUGUGAAAUAUAAGAGCAGCGUCAUUCAACCUAUACUAAAUAUUUGAGUUUGGGGCGUUUGUAUGUAUGAACUUCGUAGUACUGUUUAAUUAUGUAUCCGAAAAACUAAUUUUCAACACCAGUCGUUGGUGUUAGUCUUCCGGAAUUAAUAAUUUCAUUUCAAUCCUCAGUGGAUUUUUAAUUCGGUGGUUCUGUUUCAUCAGGAUGUAUCUUACUGACUGAGUUUUAAGAUUGACCUUUGCAGAGGAAUACAGCACUACAAGUUACCAGACUCCAUGUAGUACACAAAGGUAGAAUAAAUAAAGAAAAAGAGAUUCAAAAGGAAUAUAAUGAACAGAAAUAUGCGAAAUAAUGAAUAGUAACAUGGGGACGUUUAGUGGAUAUGGAGGACUAUAAAUAGUAAUUAUAUCUGCGCCAUUGUAAACAAUUUUUAGCCAUAUUACCUAAUCUCCAGCCAUAUGUUCUUAGUAUCCCGAGGACCUCAACCAAGCCGUUCACACCUUUCUACGUGGCUUAAACCAUCUGUCAGGGACUUCAUGAAUUUAUGCCAGGUUAGGGUAUGACCAACACUAAGUCUUUUUCAACUUGACCCAAUGUCAGCCAACUUUGCCCGUCGAGGAAGGGGUGGUGUAGCAUGCUCAACAUGUGUUAUAGAAAUCUCAAUCGAUAAAGCUUCACAGCCCUAUAGGUUGACUUCCCUUCUUUACCCAAAGUCCUGCGUCAAAUCUCGACAUUACUCACCUUAUACCAUUCAACAUGGGAGACAGGACGAAAACUUCCUUAGUCGAAGACAGCAACCUUUUUACAUCUUCUACUUCCACUGUACCUUCCUCACAACAAUGAAGAAAGACAGAACGAACGGUUGCGUAGUACACAUGUCCUUUGAUCGAUACCUGGAUAUCACAUCUACGUCUGAGGUGAUGUAAUUUGGCAAGUGCCACACGAGUCCAUGGUGAGAUUUCGUCAGUUAUCAGUUCAUUAAGGCUGAUUUUUUUCCUUCACGUUCUCAGUGGAAGAUAGGGCUUCAAGCUAAUGACUUGAAGUUUCUGUAGCAGUGUUUUUUCUACAGGAUGGGGUUGCUAACCUCAUGCCCAAACUUUCCUCUUUACCAGCAUUAUUUCUGGCUUAGCGUCCAUAGCCGGGGAUCGAACCCCGGACCAUGUGCAUGGUCGGCGAGCGUCCUGACCACUGUGCCACCGAUGCACAGGGCUGAUGCCACUUCCAAAAUAAGUGAAGUGGAGGGCAUGGUCAGCCACUUCACUCAUUAUAUUUAAACUAGGAGUCAAAAGGGAUCAAUCCUGUAACAUAAUCUUAUAUUUGACAGGGGAGAAUCUCAUGCUUAACAAAUUAAGAUUUCUGCUCAAGGUGUUUAGAAUACUGCAUUUGGUUGACGUCUUCGCCUAGGCGUGCAAUAUUAUCCACUAACUUCAAGUUAACGAAACUCUCCCUUAAUAACCUAUUAAUUCCUAAGUUGCUAAAGUCAGUUACAUCUAUAGUGGGGACGAUGGGCAUUCCUGACGGACUCCACAUGUUGUCGUCACUUCGGUGAUUCUUCGAUAAUUUGUAGUUAUUCACUAUCAGUCAGUUAAUAAAUUGUGAUACAAAUUAUAUGUAAGAGCAGUAAGAGAUAGUCUAUCCAAGGGUAAGAAACCAUUUACACGAAUUUCACUGAGAACAACGUUUCAAUGAAAGAAGUGUCUCAAUUAAAUUUAUUUUACGUGUUCAGAAUUUUACAGUUAUCUAUCACAUAUUUUUCAGUUUUCACCUUAUUGACAGCAUAUUUUUCUAAUCGAUUUGCUAUAUUUUUCAGGUUCUUGAUUACUUAUUUUUAUUCUUAUCCCCCCGCUUAUAGUGUUUAUUACCAUGGUAAUUUACUACAUCCUGUAUUUUUUUCUUCUAUAUCUUUCCUUAUGGUUCUGCUUCUCCUAAAAUAGUUAGUAGAAAAAAAAAAUAAAUCAAUCAUCGUAAAUCACUUGCUUAUAAGUGAAUGACGUCAUAGAAUUUUUCUCAUUUUUACAGUGUAGCACGUGUUUUUGGAAGUCGAGAUGCCUAAUAAAACUGUUUUUAUUCUAUUUAAUCGUAGCCAUACUAUUCAUGGAUGUGACUCUUUUAUUUCCAUCUUUUGGGAAUCCAUAUGGUACUAGUUAAAUGUAUCAGUGACCUGGAAUACGCAGAUGAUGAUGUAGUCCUUUUUGUGAAGACACUGACAAAACACAGUUUUCUGAACACAUCCGGCGAAAAUCUUAGUGUGUUUGGCAUAAUACUCACCCCCCCCCCAACUGUGAAGUGUGGUCUGAUACUACGGCAAUAGUCUGCACCGACUCCUGGUUUAAUGACAGGAGGCAUUUUUAGUGAAUACAGCUUUGUUACUUUUAUCAUCUUUCGUAUAUGCCUGACACUAUCACUUUUCGCUUGGGCAAUUCUAAACCGACAUAAACUACCAGUUGUUGUCAGUUGGAUUCUAAUUUCUAGCUUUACUAUAUUUACAAUCAUGAAUUUAGUUCUAUUCUGGCGUGUUAUAACAGCUGAACAACGUAUCUUACAAUCAAGUCAAUGUAAACCAACACUGGUGAAUGGGAAAACCGAGUAAUUUUAAUUAAUUAAUUAAGAUUUAAGUGCGUUUAUCCGUACAUUCUUAUUGUACUCAGUCUUCGAUUCCACAUUCGAUAGGUAUAUAUAUAUAUAUAUAUAUAUAUAUAUAUAUAUAUAUAUACCUCCUCUUUUACUGUUGUGUAAUUAUGUCUACUUUGAUGUGUAAAUAAACUUAAGCGAACGUCAUCAGUGGUGGGAAGUUGUUUUAUCCCACAACUGUUCCUGUUUGUUUGUUUGUUUUUCUUCUUUGUCUACGAAUGUUUCUUCCUCACGUCUUUCAUAACCUGUGUUCAAAUUUGUACUUGUCCACUACUCGUGUGUAAACAGUCUUAGUGAUUAAUUAUUACUGUUAUAAAUUAACAUUGUUAUUAAUUAGUAUUAGGAAUUAUACUAUUAAUCAUCAUCGCCGUCGUAGCGAUUAAACAUCACCAUACCAAUUCAUAACCAGUGAGCGCUCUUUCUUAUCUAUGUAUUCAGUUGAGUUCCGCGUAAUUUAAAACCUAAAUAAACAGGAAUUUACCGUCGAUGGAUUACUCUGUAUGUAAUUCAAUUCUAUCAAUAUUCACUUCUUGUUGCAUUUUGCACAAAUCUAUUUUUUUGAAAUUGCACAAUACUGUUACCACCGGCACUUGGUACCAUAAAAUGGUGCUAGCUAUUAUUAUUACUAUUACUAUUGUUUCCGAUUAUACGAGGGAAACACUGGCUUCAUAAUGUCACCAUAUAUUGCCACAAUAUAUAUAUAUAUAUAUAUAUA